AUGGCGACCAACGCUCUCAACAGCAUUUACCGCUGGGCCAUACCCACCGCCGCCGCAUUCUCGCUGGCCUCCGCUUCCAUCUACGACGUAAAAGGUGGCACCAGAGCUGUCAUCUUCGAUCGACUACGCGGAGUCUCAGACCAGGUUCAAAACGAAGGCACACACUUCCUCAUCCCAUGGCUACAGAAGGCAAUCACAUUCGAUGUCCGAACGAAGCCUCGGAAUAUCAGCACAACGACUGGCAGCAAGGAUUUGCAGAUGGUCAGUUUGACGUUGCGAGUGCUGCACCGCCCUGAGGUCCAGCAAUUGCCGAAGAUAUAUCAGAAUCUUGGCCAAGACUACGAUGAGCGCGUCCUCCCCUCUAUCGGAAACGAAGUACUCAAAGCUAUUGUUGCUCAGUUCGAUGCUGCAGAGCUCAUCACACAGCGUGAAGCAGUCUCAAAUCGCAUUCGCGCCGACCUCUUGAAGCGAGCAUCAGAGUUCAACAUUGCACUCGAGGAUGUCAGCAUAACGCACAUGACAUUUGGUCGCGAAUUCACUAAAGCUGUCGAGGACAAACAGAUUGCACAACAGGAUGCUGAGCGGGCACGCUUCAUCGUAGAGAAGGCUGAGCAGGAACGACAGGCGAGUGUCAUACGUGCCGAAGGAGAAUCAGAAGCUGCAGAAGUCAUUUCGAAGGCUGUAGCAAAGAGUGGCGACGGUCUGCUUCAGAUUCGAAGGAUCGAAACGCAAAAAGAUAUUGCGCAGAUGCUGGCGAACAACCCGAACGUGACAUACCUUCCAGGAGGCGGCAACGGAGAUGGAGGCAGUGGUGGUGGCAAGGGCAGCUUCCUGCUCGGUCUCAGAUCAUGA